AUGAAGCAGCGAUUCUCGUCAUUGGACGUUAAGGUCAUCUCCCAGGAGCUUGCCUCGGAGAUCGUCAAUUUGCGAGUGUCGAACAUAUAUGAUCUCUCAUCGAGGAUCUUCUUAUUCAAACUCGCAAAACCAGAUCAUCGCAAGCAACUCAUCGUCGACUCAGGCUUCCGAUGCCAUGUCACCCAAUACUCGCGGGCGACGGCUUCCAUGCCAUCCCCCUUCGUGACUCGCAUGCGCAAAUUCCUUAAAUCACGACGCAUCACUUCGGUUAAGCAGAUCGGCACCGAUCGCGUUAUUGACAUCUCGUUCAGCGAUGGCAUGUACCACAUGUUCUUGGAAUUCUUUGCGGGGGGAAACAUCAUAAUCACCGACCGCGAACAUAAUAUUCUGGCUCUAUUCCGUCAAGUCUCUAUUAGCGAGGGAGAGGAGGCGAGGGUUGGAAUUCAAUACACAGUAACGAACAAACAGAACUACCACGGGAUCCCGGAAAUUACGUUAGAGAGGAUCAAGGAGACACUGGAGAAGGCGAAAGCGCUAUUUGCAAAUCAGGACGGAGCACCGAAAAAGUCAAAGAAGAAAAAUGCGGAUGUGUUAAGGAAGGCUCUCUCUCAAGGCUUCCCCGAAUACCCUCCCCUUUUGCUGGACCAUGCUUUUGCGACGAAGGAGGUUGAUCCAACAACACCCUUGGAUAAGGUACUACAGGACGAAAGCCUCCUUCAGGAAGUCAACGGUGUUUUGCAAGAGGCCCAGAAUGAGAACACGAGACUUUCAACGCAAGAGAGUCAUCCUGGUUACAUUGUUGCGAAAGAAGAUAAUCGCAGCGUUUCUCAGUCGACUGGUGAGAAUGAGCAGCCUUCGGAGACAGCCAACCUUCUCUAUGAGGAUUUCCACCCAUUCAAGCCUCGACAGUUUGAAGGGAAACCGGGCAUUAGCAUCUUGGAAUUUCCCUCGUUGAAUGCCACGGUUGACGAAUAUUUCUCAUCAAUCGAGACCCAGAAGCUGGAGUCACGACUUACAGAGCGCGAGGAGGCAGCGAAGAGAAAGCUUGAUGCAGUGAGACAAGAGCACGAGAAAAAGAUCGGUGCCCUCAAAGAACAACAAGAGCUACAUAUUCGCAAAGCAGGCGCGAUCGAGGAUAAUGUCUACCGAGUCCAAGAAGCCAUGGAUGCGGUCAAUGGCCUGAUCGCUCAGGGCAUGGACUGGGUAGAAAUCGCACGUCUUAUCGAAAUGGAGCAGAGCCGAGGAAACCCUGUGGCGAGAAUUAUCAAGCUUCCCUUGAAACUCCAUGAAAACACGAUCACACUGCUUCUUGGAGAAGCUGGUGACGAGCAAGAUGAGGAAGACGAGCUAUUUUCGAGCGACGAGUCUGAAGAAUCCGACGACGAGCAGGAUAAUGGCGAAAGCCAACAACCCCCAUCGGUAUUGAUUAUUGACAUCGACCUCGGUGUCUCUCCAUGGGCGAAUGCGAAGCAGUACUAUGAGCAGAAGAAACUGGCCGCGGUUAAGGAACAAAGGACGGCCCAGUCAUCUACCAAAGCACUCAAAAGCCACGAAAAGAAGGUAACGGAAGACCUCAAACGGGGCUUGAAAAAAGAGAAACAAACUCUCCGGCAAACCCGACAACCCUUCUGGUUUGAGAAGUUUCUUUUCUUCAUCUCUUCGGAGGGAUACCUCGUCCUGGGCGGUCGAGACGCUAUGCAGAGCGAGAUGCUUUACCGCCGUUAUCUUAAGAAAGGGGAUAUCUUUGUGCAUGCGGAUUUGGAAGGAGCUAGACCCAUGAUUGUCAAGAACAGAUCGAAGAACCCUAACGCGCCUAUACCACCAAGCACCCUUUCACAGGCUGGCAAUCUAUGCGUUGCUACAUCAAGUGCUUGGGAUUCGAAAGCUGUCAUGUCUGCAUGGUGGGCCCAGGCCAGUCAAAUAACAAAAACUGCUGAAGCGGGAGGGCUUCUUCCUAUGGGAGAUUUCUUGGUCAAGGGAGAGAAGAAUUUCCUUGCCCCGUCGCAACUCGUUCUAGGUUUUGGAGUGACAUUCCAAAUUAGCAAAGAUAGCCUGAAAAACCACACAACUCAUUUUGUUGACGAGCCUGAGGCGGCCGAGUCAACCACCGUGGGUGGUAACGAGCAAGCUGGGGGAAGCACACAACACUCUGAGCAACAACAGGAGACAGGGGAAAUUCAUAAACCUUCUGAGGAGCCUAAAGAACAAGCCGAAGAGCAGAGUUCGGACUCAGAGAAUGAACAAGACAAUGUUGAUUCACUUCCCACUCGAAACCCAUUACAGCGUGGACCAUCGGAGUCUCCUCAUACCGAGGUCGCGCAGGAGGGAGAAAAGGAUACCGGAUCAGAUGCUGAAGAUGUUGCCGAUAAGUCAGAAGAGCAGGCGGAUGCGUUGGAUGAGGAAGAAGCAGAGGCAGAUGCGCCAACGGAAGAUGGAAGCGGUCCGGUAGAAGAUGAAAGCGAACGCCAGCUCUCUGCAACGGCCAGGCAAUCGCCUCGGAAGGGGAAAUCUCCUGAUUCGUCCGAGGCUGGCCAACAAGCACCCGGCAAGAACUCAACUGCCAAAGCAACGAACGCCAAACAUGCACCGGCACCUACCCGAGGCAAGAAAGGGAAAGCGAAGAAAGCAGCCGCUAAGUACGCUGAUCAGGAUGAUGAAGAUCGUGAACUAGCGCUCCGCUUGCUCGGGGCCAACAAGGGCAAAGCUGGUAAGGCUGCUGCCGCCGCCGAAGCUAAGGAAAAUCGCGAGAAAGAAGCCGAGGCACAGAGGAAGCGUCGUCAGGCACAACAUGAGCGUGCUGCAGAAGCCGAACGCAGACGACAGGCCCUGUUUGAGGAAGGUGGUGAUGAUUACGACGAAGAGACGGCCGCUGCGGAGGCAGCAGACCUUGAGUGGAUCCCAGCAUUGAUUGGGACGCCUCGUCCGGAGGACGAGAUCCUUGCAGCCAUUCCAGUCUGUGCUCCCUGGGCAGCACUGAGUCGAUAUAGAUACAAGGUCAAACUGCAGCCUGGUACGGUGAAGAAGGGUAAGGCUGUCAAGGAGAUACUUGGACGAUGGGUGGCUGAGACCACCACCGGCAAGGUUAAGAAGGAAUAUGCUGAGGAAGCUGGCAUCAGUCUCGCUGACGCAGAGAAACUCCGGGCCCGGGAAGGUGAUGUGAUCAAGGCAUGGAAAGAGACUGAGAUCAUCAACAGCGUUCCUGUUGGGAAAGUGCGAAUUAUGCUCGGAGCCAGCGGAGGCGAUGGUAAAGGUAAAGGAAAAGGUGGUGGCAGCGGUAACAAAGGCGGAAAGGGUGGAAAGAAGAAAUAA